UUGAUGCACGGAUCAACGGUCCCCGUUGUCCGAAAUAAUAUUUGUCAAAAGUUAAUAUUAUAUUGUGACGUCAUGAAUUGGGAGACCUACUUUGCUGUUUUAAUAUUCCUGCUGGGGAAUAAUGAGGCAGUAAGAUUACAUAAUCUAUUUCAAUUUUUGGAUGGUUACAAAUCUGAACACAACUUACAAGGUUUCCUACACAUCGGCGAAGACUACGCUGUUUUUUUGAGGAAACCAAAAUCCCAUGAUAAAUUAUUAAUAUACGAGCUGGAUGAAGCUAAAAACGUUGAAAACACUAGCAAUAAACCAAGAUUGCUUGCGAUAUCACAAGUGCCCGUUGAAUACAUUAAAGAACAACUCAAGAAAUAUAGAGAAGAGUUGUAUAGAGCGAAGUAUGUCGAUAACAAUGUUGUGCCAGGCACUGAAGUGAAAACGUUAAGAGAAUGGCAGAUUGACAGAGCUUUAGAUUUACAAAAAGGAUUAAUUGCUGCGAAACCGGUGAUACUGAGGACUUUAGUACUUCAAUAA